AGCCUGGGUGUCUCCGCCAGGUGUCGGCGCGGCCCCGCUUCCCGGCUUCCCCAGGUGGUGCCGCCCCUUCCACAUUCCUGAGCUCGCAUAUCUGCCACCUUCCGGUCCUGUCACCAGAGGGGCUGAGCCGGCUCGAGGUGGAGUUCAGUGACUCCCAGCGGCGCCCACCGCCCGUCCGCCGGUCCGCGCAGCACCGGGAGGGGAGGCAGCCCGACUCGAGCUCCCGCACGCCCGCCUUCCCGGGAGAUGCCCGCUGAGCCGGACGGGACCUUGUGAAGGGCGGGCUGGGGAGCGGCCGGGGCCAGCGGCAUGCCAAGGGACCAGGAGCCCCGGCCCUCGGACGCGGCCGUGCCCACCGUCAAGGUGGUCCUGGUGGGGGAUGGGGGCUGCGGCAAGACGUCUCUACUGAUGGUCUUCGCCAAGGGAGAGUUUCCCGAGGCCUACGUGCCCACCGUCUUUGAGCGCUACUCCAUCACCCUGCAACUCGAUGGCAAACCCGUGAACCUCUACCUCUGGGACACAGCAGGACAGGAAGACUAUGACCGCCUGCGCCCGCUGUCCUACGCCGAUGCCCAGGUGGUGCUCAUGUGCUAUGACGUCAUGAGUCCCAACAGCUUUGACAACAUCCUUUCCAAGUGGUAUCCGGAGGUGACCCACUUUUGCCCAGGGGUUCCCAUCGUCCUCGUAGGCUGUAAGACUGACCUGCGCAAGGACAAAGUGCUGCUGAAAAAACUGCGCCAGGAGCGCCAGGAACCCAUCACCUACCAGAAGGGACAGAUGAUGGCAAGAACAGUUCGAGCAGUCACUUAUCUCGAGUGCUCUGCCUGGCUCCAGGACAAUGUCCCGUUUAUCUUCCAGGAGGCAGCAGUGGCUGCCCUCCAAAAGCGCCGGCGAAGGCGAAGGGCGGCUUGGAAAGGCUGUGUGGUGACCUGAAGGCUGAGGCCACCUCUCUGGCCCUCGCCCUGGGCCUGCCCCCAUGUCCAGCAUGGAGAUCCUGCCAGAAAUCCUGUCCCUUUCAUUCCCUUCCAAGGAGAAGCCAGAAGGGGCUGAGCAGGCUGGGGGGACUUGUUCUCCCGCACCAGGGCUGAUCCCAUUGCCACUGAUGAACUUUAUUCCACAUUCUAAAAAUAAAGAUUCUCCUGACCCUAACAGGUGGCCCCCAGAGCCUCCAGGACCUGGGCUGGAGUGGAGCUCCUGAGGCACUUCCUCUGGACAUGAGCCUGUUGCCCCCUCGCGGUGACUGAACCUGAAACUGACCCUUUUCUUAGGCCCGUCUUGCCCCCAAGCUGGGGCAGGAGCUGUACCCGCCCCAUCUUCCACAUGAAUAAUAAUUAUGAUGAAAA